AUGGAUUAUGAUGUCAUAGCUAAUCAACCAGUUGUCAUCGAUAACGGAUCUGGAGUGAUCAAAGCAGGAUUCGCUGGUGAUCAAUCUCCAAAAGUAAAGUUUGCCAAUUAUGUUGGACGACCGAAACACUCUCGUGUUAUGGCUGGAGCCUUAGAAGGAGAUUUAUUCAUCGGUCCCAAAGCCGAAGAGUACAGGGGUCUGUUAUCCAUCAAGUAUCCGAUGGAACAUGGGAUUGUCACAGACUGGAAUGAUAUGGAAAGAGUAUGGCAAUAUGUUUACAGCCAAGAACAACUCCAUGUGUUCCCGGAAGAGCAUCCCGUUCUCUUGACCGAAGCUCCUCUGAACCCAAUGAAGCACAAAGAGAAGGCUGCUGAGAUAUUCUUUGAAUCAUUCAAUGCUCCUGCUCUGCAUAUCCAAAUGCAAGCUGUCCUAGCCCUUUACUCGACAGGAAGAACCACAGGUGUUGUGUUAGAUUCUGGAGAUGGAGUCACUCAUGUUGUUCCUAUUUUUGAGGGAUUCGCCAUGCAACACGGAAUCGAGAGGAUGGAUGUUGCCGGAAGAGAUGUUACUCGUUGGUUAAGAUUACUCCUUAGAAAAGAAGGAACAGACUUACAUCGUACGAGUGAAUUUGAGAUUGUUCGUGAAAUCAAAGAAAAAGCUUGUUAUUUGACUACUAAUGCCGCCAAAGAAGAGUCAACAGCCAAUGAAAAAAUUGUAUAUUCCAUGCCGGAUGGCUCUAGGCUUGAUAUCGGAGCAGCCCGAUUCCGCGCUCCUGAAGUUCUUUUCCGCCCUGACCUCAUUGGAGAGGAAUGGCCAGGAAUGGCACAUCUUAUUGUCGAUUCUAUUAGAAAAUGUGAUAUGGAUCUUAGAAAAACCUUGUAUGGAAACAUUGUUCUCAGCGGAGGGUCAACCAUGUUCGCUGGAUUUGGUGACCGAUUGCUUUCAGAGGUUAGAAAGCUGGCUCCACAGGAUGCUAAGAUAAGAAUCUCUGCUCCCCAGGAACGCAUCUAUUCCACAUGGAUUGGAGGCUCUAUUUUGGCUUCGUUAGACACUUUCCGUAAGAUGUGGGUGAGCAAAAAAGAAUAUGAGGAGGAGGGUAAGAAGAUCUUGCACAAGAAGUUCUUCUAA